GGGUUUUUGGUAGAACAUAUGCAGCCCAAACCUUCCUGUUGCCAUCGAUGUUUAUGCUCGGAGCUUUUGUACUGUUCGGCUCGAUUGCUGCUUGGGUUUUUCAUCACUUUUUGGAGAUGAGCUACAAAGAAGCUCCUUUGUUUGAAAGCAUUUCACCAAACAAUCUACCGAAGCUUACGCACGAAGCUCAUGGUUUUGGCGACUCAAUUAAACCACCUAAAUUCGUAAAUCAUGGUCUUUUUCUAUGGAACCAGGAAAGACAGAAAUGGAGAGGCAGCAAAAGGGCUGUUACUCUGUCUAAAAAGCCGCGAAUGCCCAAAUUAGGAAAUUUUUGUCUGUGUAUAUCUAAGAGGUUUUGUUGUGGAGGGACUGCAGCCUAUGAUAAAUUGCUCAGAAAGAGCAAGCCAUUUCCCAGACCUAUUCCUCUCAGUGAAAUGGUCGGUUUUGUGGUCGAUAUUUGGGAGCAGGAAGGAUUGUAUGACUGAAAAAAGAAGCAUAAGGAAAAGGAUAUUAGUGGGGCCCACCAUGCCAUUUUGUAUAUGGGGCUUUGUUAAAAAAGAAAAAAACGAAUAUUGUUGUUAGGUUGUCUAAUUGUUACGCAUCCAUACUUUACUAACAAAUCUGCAUAUUUAUCCCCUGAAAAUCUAAUCUUUUUUUUUACUGGUUAGAAAUAGUGUAAUGAAUCAAACAAUGAUGGCCAGUGAAUUUAUCUCUUGAUGGAGUACACUUACAUUAUUGCAAAGUAGAUUAGCUCUCUUGAAAAACAAAAAUUAUGUACCUUAAUGAGGAAGUACUGGAUGUGAAUCACAAGUUCACAACAACCUCUUGACUCAUUACAUGAAUGAGA